GCUCGGUUCCUUCCGCUGUUAUUGUUCUUUCUUCCCUUCCUCUCGCUUCGCUCUCUUCUCCCUGUCCGCUGCCAUGGCGGAGCUCAAGGGGCUCUCGGAGAGUCGCGACCUCACCCGGAUCGAGCGCAUCGGUGCCCACUCCCACAUCCGUGGCCUGGGCCUCGACUCCGCCCUGGAGGCGCGCGCUGUCUCCGAGGGCAUGGUCGGCCAGCAGUCCGCCCGCAAGGCCGCUGGGCUCAUCCUCCAGCUCAUCCGCGACGGCAAGAUCGCCGGCCGCGCCAUCCUCCUCGCCGGCCAGCCCGGCACUGGGAAAACCGCCAUCGCCAUGGGCCUCGCCAAGUCCCUCGGCCAGGAGACCCCCUUUGCCACCGUCUCCGGCUCCGAGCUCUUCUCCCUCGAGAUGUCCAAGACCGAGGCCCUCACCCAGGCCUUCCGCCGCUCCAUCGGCGUCCGCAUCAAGGAGGAGGCCGAGAUCAUCGAGGGCGAGGUCGUCGAGCUCACCAUCGACCGCCCCGCUGCCGCUGGAGGCGGUGCAAGCGGCUCGGGCCAGUCCUCGUCGGCCUCCAAGACCGGGAAGCUUACACUCAAGACCUCCGACAUGGAGACGGUGUACGAUUUGGGCGCGAAGAUGAUCGAGGCACUGAUGAAGGAGAAGGUGCAGAGCGGGGAUGUGAUCACAUUGGAUAAGGCGUCCGGGAAGGUCACGAAGCUGGGGCGGUCCAUCGGACGAUCCAGGGACUACGAUGCCAUCGGACCCCAUACGAAGUUUGUGAGGUGCCCUGAGGGGGAGCUGCAGAAGAGAAAGGAGGUCGUGCACUGCGUCACCCUUCACGAGAUCGAUGUCAUCAACAGCAGAACUCAAGGCUUUUUAGCACUCUUUACCGGUGACACUGGUGAAAUUCGUGGUGAAGUCAGAGAGCGGAUAGAUACAAAAGUGGCAGAGUGGAGAGAGGAAGGAAAAGCUGAGAUAGUCCCGGGUGUCCUGUUCAUUGAUGAGGUCCACAUGCUUGACAUUGAAUGCUUCUCGUUCCUAAAUCGCGCAUUGGAGAAUGACAUGGCCCCCAUCCUGGUUAUUGCCACAAACCGAGGGAUCACAACUAUCCGAGGCACAAACUACAGGUCUCCUCAUGGAAUCCCAGCCGAUUUCCUCGACCGCCUGCUGAUAAUAUCUACUCAACCAUACACUGAGGAGGAGAUCCGGAAGAUUCUUGACAUCAGAUGUGAAGAGGAAGACGUAGAAAUGUCAAUGGAUGCAAAGGUUCUGCUAACAAAAAUAGGAGCGGAGACCUCUUUGAGGUAUGCGAUCAACUUGAUCACUGCAGCUGCUCUUGCUUGCCAGAAGAGAAAGGGUAAGAUUGUGGAGAUGGGGGAUAUAAGUAGGGUGUAUCAGCUGUUUCUUGAUGUGAAAAGAUCGGCACAGUAUUUAAUGGAGUACCAGAGCCAGUAUAUGUUCAAUGAAGUGCUGAGGGAGGCAGAUGAAAAUGAAACCACACAAUCGAAGAUGAUUCUGUAUUCUUGGCCGGCUCCUCUGUAUGGACCUUGCAUUGAUGAAAGGCAUGAACACUUGGUGAGCGAAAGAACAAGUACUUGCAGGUGUCAUGGUACGAAAACAUGACGUGGAUUUCUAGGAACCAACAUUCUGAAGCUUUCCUCAAUCCAGGGAACCCCGAGUUUUUGGCCAUCACCAGAUUCGCGCCUUAAAGCAGAAGCUUUCAUUCUCUUUCGGCCCCGUUGCAUUCCAGAACAGACUGUAUAAUCUUUGUUUGUGGUGGUUAAUUGAUAUUAGAAUGGCCUCAGCACCCGAAGGUACUUCUAUAUUUGAACAUAUUUGAGUCUCUUGUUGGAUAAUUGGGCUGAAAAUUUUAUUGAAUUCGUAAA